AUGCGACUCCUCGUUGUCUUCAUCAUCGGAUACGUUUUAGCCAAGAAGUCACAGCUCGUGUGUACGUCUGCCACCGAUAUAAAAGACUGUAUUUUCAAAAAUGAAGAUCGAAUAAUGGAGUUAACAAAGAAAAAUGACCUUGUUUGGGAUAAAGCAGUGCAAAUCAUGCUCACCGUAGAGUCCCUGCAGAAGAAUAUUACAAGCAAGGAGGAUCUUGCCAAGGCUAUACAGAAGUUUUCAUUCAGCGACGGGAUUAUCUUCGAACAGAAUGAGAUCAAGGCCCGCGUAAAGAAUCAGGAAGACCUAUUGUUGAGCAUGGAAAAACAGGCUCAGGAAACUCAGGCUGGCCUGGCUCACUUAGCUUUGAAAAAUGAAGCAAUGGAAAGAACGCUAGAAUCUGCACACGAUCAAUCCGAAACUAAACUUGGAGAAUAUCUGCAAAAGCUGGAAAAGAAGUCGCGUAAGCUUCAUGAAAAACACAGUACUCUUCUUUCAAGUACCGUGAAUGCUGCAAACUCCAAAAUCGAAAAUGCAAUAGCGAGAAUUAAUGAAACAGAAACCAGAAUACGAAUGGUAAAUCGUCAGACAACUAUGCUCGAAGAUGCGAUCAAUGCUGAGAAAAAACGACAUCAUGAGGAAAUACAGAGAUUACAGGCUUCUAUCGUCGACAAUGAAAGACUUGCAAGCGUUCAGGAAAAUGUCAACUUGCUUCAGAAAGAUCUUAGCAAUCUGCGAAAGGAGCUCGAUGGAAGUCUGGAUAAAGAAACUCCUCCGAGCUUACAAAAACUCGAAUACCGCGUCGCAACAAUGACGGGACAAUUGAACCGCGAAAGGACCGAGGCCGAACACAAAGUGAAAUCGCUGACAAGUUGGAUCAAAAAGAUUUUCGCCGGCGUCAAAAAGGACUUUGAAGGACAUUCAGCGAUUCUCAGCAACAUUACUGCGCAACAAGAAAAGAUCGACGAAGAUAUGAAUUCUUUGAAGAUCGCCAUCGAGAAAACAUUAGACGAUUCAAAUGACCUCAGGAGGAAGCUCGUUCAAAAUGAUAAAGACCGGGACUUGCGGCUUGCCAAACUAGAACUAACCGUGAAAAACAAAGAUGACAUCGCCGAUCUGUCGGAACGUAUCUACAAAAUGGAAAUUUUGGAGAAGAAACUUCGAAACCAUCCCGAGCUCAAAGAACUAAUUGGAGGCUAA